AUGGAACGGGAGGUUCUGCCCAUAGGUGACGGGCGCGACAUCGAGAUCAAGGACGCACUGCUCGUGCCAAGUAUGAGAAAGGAUCUGCUUUCGGUGCUGCCGACCAACAAGGGUUGCAGGUUCCAAGUCGUGUUCGAUGGGUCCAAGAUGCAAGUAACGCGCAAGAAUUACAAACAAGUUGUGGCAACAGCGGAUCUCGUCGACGGAAUUUACUGGCUGCGGACUCCUCAACGAUCGACUAAUGCAGCGACACACAAUGGGGCCAUCGACUUACGCACGCACAUGGGUCAUGCAUCCCUCGAUGCUCUGCGCAAGAUGAUGGCCACCGGCAUGAUCAAGGAAGCCUAG